UCUGAUCUUCAGGACUUUCUGGAACCAAUACAGUGUCGAAAACUUGUGAAAACAUUAAAACAAAGAGAAUCCAUCGGUCAAGUGGAUGGAACACCUAACGAGACGACGCUUACUCCGUUAUCACCAAACGAGUCCCUUCCUGAACGGCCCUUCAUUCCUUCAUUCAUCAAGUCCAACUGGCUCAGAAGUUUCCAGGUUCCCUGGAACCGCAUGCCAACAGCUCUCGCCCAGGCCACGUCCACUGGAGAGAGGGCUCGACCAGGACCGAGGAGGGAGUUUGUUAGGAUUGUGGUGGCAGCCAUGCAGGCCCACUGUCCAAACCCAAACUUAGCCGCUUGUGGGGAAGUGGCACGAAACAUUGUGUGUACAUAUCCCCUGACUUUCGGAGACAUUUCUGAGGAAGGAGAACAACUAGGAAAUGGCUUCAGUUGCUUACAAAGACAACUAAAAACUAGGGUAGAACAUGUGAAUAGAGAUGUUAUGGAACACAGGAUUCGUCGACCUAGAAGACCAUCAAUGAAAAGAGAUGGAGAACAGGAUAACUUAAUGAGGACAAAAGUCAGAUGUAAAGUGGACAGUUACGGAUGUAUUAAUUGGCAGCCAUCUUCCAUCCCAGAAGGAGAGUCGGCAGAAUCUCUUGAAAUGAAAAGGAAGGUUGUGGCAGAGAUUUUUCAGUCUGCAGGGCCAAAAGCUGCCGAGUUGCCCAAUGUAGAUGACUUAAUGCAGCAGACGUAUGUUUACCAGCGUCACAUGAUCAAUUCGUGCCCACCUCCUACCAUCAGUGAAAUUGAGGGGCAUUGGCCAUUCCUGUUCACCGAAAGAGGUCUCUGCAGGCACUUCAAAAUCCUGACCGGGAUUGACAUCAGAAGCCGCUUUAAUGAAACACUUUUUGAUAAAUCCAAGAGAAUACUGAACUACUUCAGCAGACAGAGACUGAAGUGGAACGGAGAGAUCCAGAGCAUGCUAAGUGAGAUCGACGAUGCCAAUGCAACAGAUAAUAACAAGAUUGCUAUGUCAGCCAUCCUGUUAAUGAUGAAAUACUUUAAGGAAAAGGACAACGCUGUGUUCAUCUUAGCAGAUGAAAACUCUACCAAGACGUCCAUCGAAAAUGAAAUGAGCUUACCAGCAACGCCCCGGCUCAUCAUGCUUGGUGAGACAUUGCUGACUUCGUCCAAGUGGUUUGUCAGUAUUGAGGGCAGAGUAACACACACUAUAGACGACCAGCUGGACUUUGCAGCGGCAUUGUCGGUUUUCUUUGGGUGCUUCUACGUUUUUAACAUAGAGUACGAGGAGUCAGCCAGCACCACCCUGGAGUUCAUUCAAAGGUUCUUCGUAAGGAUUAAUCCUGAGGGGACUAAAUGUACCUCAAAAUCAGGUACAAGCCGAAGGACGGGUUCAGCUGUCCAAAGGAAACCUCAGAACUUUAAUACCCGCGUUGCUACGUUCAUGCAGAGGCUUUCAGAAUUCGAGUGGAAAACAACAAGUUAAAAUUGACUUCAUCCUGACCCUGCUCUGUAUACUACUUCUACUACUAUUAUGAUGAGUUACUACUUAAAGGGAAACUCCACCCCAAAAUGAAAUUUUUAUCAUUAAUUACUUACCCCCAUGUUGUUCCAAACCCGUAAAACUUUGUCUUCAUAACACAAUUUUAAGAUGUUUUGGAUGAAAACCGGGAGGCUAGUGACUGUCCCAUUAACUGCCAAGUAAAUUAUAUUGUAAUGGUCCAGAAAAGUAUGGAAGACAUCGUCAGAUGGCAGAUGAACUAUUCUGACGAUGUCUUUCAUACUUUUUUGGACCUUGACAGUAUUACCUGGCAGUCUAUGGGACAGUCACAAGCCUCUCGGUUUUCAUCCAAAAUAUCUUAAAUUGUGUUCUGAAGACAAACAAAGUUUUACAAUUUUCAUUUUGGGGUGGAGUAUCCCAUGAAGUGACAAUUUUUCACAUUGUGAUACCUUCUUUUUUACUUUAUCACUUACACUGUUCUAUUUGAAUGUUGCUGGAAUGUUUAUACUAUAAAUAUUUUAUUACGUUCCUUUAAGUCAUUCAUGCAACAAUAAAAAAAAAAAUUAU